AUGGACGAUUUUAAAAUUCGUGUGAUGAAUUUCUUUCGAACUCUAGAGGCAUGCAAUGGAGAACAGAAAUCUGUCUUUAAUGAUGUUCUGGAAGCAUUUAAUACUUUUCUUGAGGAAGUACUUUUAUCGAAACAUAUCACAGUGGGCUCUUCGGAUACUAUUAAUGUGCAAGAGCUUUUAUACAACGAUUUCCUUGAAAUGUUUCGGUAUCUUCAGCCAGAUAUGGUUGAGAAAUUGAAGAUUUUUCUUAAUAGACUGAAGGAAGCAAAACAGGCCCAUCUCAAUAGUCUUCACGGAAAGAUAUCACUUUUCCGAACUAAACAGGUGGACGAGAAAAUUGUCCUUGAUAUGAAAAUGAAGGAUCAAGAGAGGAUGGACUUCGUUGAUUUUCUGUUUGUGACUACAAAUACUAUGCAAGGAAUAAUCCAACGAGGUCCAGAUGACAGCACGUUGAAAAGAAUUUUAGAAAAAAUGAGAACACAUCGUGGAACAUUUAGUUACCAAGACGAAGUACUAGAAGUGGAGGAAAUCAACAAACGAAACCUUGGGAAAAUGAUUAUACGGCAUGUCGGACAUGAAGGAGUGGAUGAAAAACCAGAUCUCCGGCGUCUUUUGCAGGCUUGCAUUGACCACCUGCAAACAGAGUCGGAGAGUUUUUGGAGGAAUGCCUCUAUUACCAUUUAUGAUGAAGAUGAUAACAUGUACAAAAUAGCCAGUGGAACGAAGAAGCACCAAUUCAUCUGCCGGAUGAAGAAUGGAGAACCGUUCAUAAAAGAUAAAAAGGCUGUUUCGGAACACAAGAAGCCCAAGCAGAGUCAACCUCCAUCUACGGCUCAUGGCCAUCCUCAUAAAACUCAAGAUAAAAACUGUGUCAUUUGCUAAAUGGGACAAGAAUUACUCUUGUACAGACAGA